UUCAAUGACUAUUUCACUGGUAAAGUGGACAAAUUGAGAAGUGAAAUGACAUUGAACAGUGAACCAUCAUAUUUGUGUAAAUGUAAAUAUCUAAUAAUGAAAGAGUUUGGUGAAGUUUGUGUGGAAGAGGUGGAAAAACGGUUGUUAUCCAUCAAUAAUGAUAAGCCACCACGUAUAGACAACCUAGAUGGGAGAAUUGUUUGAACAAAUACAAUGCUAUUUUUAAAAGAACAAGUUAACUACUGACUUUCUGCAUACAUACAGUACCAGUCAAAAGUUUGGACACACCUACUCAAUGAAGGGUUUUUCUUUAUUUUUACUAUUUUCUACAUUGUAGAAUAAUAGUGAAGACAUCAAAACUAUGAAAUAACACAUGGAAUCAUGUAGUAACCAAAAAAGUGUUAAACAAAUCAAAAUAUAUUUUAUAGUAAAUGAGCUUACAAUAAAAAAGCAAGGUCUUUUCUGCACAAACGAUGCAUAGCCAUCAUAUUUCUAAUGUUUAUCAUUGAAAUAAUGUUGUCAGCUACAUUUCCUAAUGUUUUGCUUGAUGUUAAUCUUGCAUUUUACCAGAGAAAAGGAGGCUACCCCGAGAAAAGUAUGUGAGGAAAAGUAGCUACACACCAGUCAGUGCUCUGUCUGCUGAUAGAAUGGCCGUUUGUGAAUUCUCAUCCGAGUAGAGAAGUGCAACUGAAGCACAAAAUGUGUCUGAUGCCAAGCAGAAAUUACAAUAAGAAGCAAUUAAACCUCAGUUUACAAAUGCAGCAAGAUAUUUCUUAUGCGUUUUAUCUUCUUAUUUUUUUCGUGAAAAACGCGGAAUUCUGCGUUAACGCGACCCCUGACAAUAAACUGGUCUUAAAUACAUCUAAAACCAAAAGCAUUGUAUUUGGUUCAAAGCAAUCUCUUAGACCUAAACCUCAACUGGAGUUGUGCAUAAAGGAUGUGACCAUUGAACAAGUUGAAGAAGCUGAACUUCUAGGAGUAACAUUGGAUGGUCAGUUAUCAUGGUCAAGUCAUAUUGGCAAAGUUGUUGUGAAGAUGGGGAGAGGUAUGUCUGUUAUAAAAAUAUAUUUUGUGUUUUUGACACAAAGAUAAACUGUUGUUCAGGCAUUGAUUUUGUCCCAUCUUGAUUACUGUCCGUAAUAUUGUCAGGUGCAGCAAAGAAAGACCUCAAAACAAAGCAGCACGCUUUGCCCUUAACGACAGACACAGAACUAACAUCAACAAUAUGCAUGAUAGUCUUUCAUGGUUGAGGGAUGAGGAGAAAUUGACUACUUAUUUUCUAGUCUUUUUAAGGAACAUUUGUGUGUUGAAAAUGCCUAACCACUUGUAUAAUCUAUUUGCAUACACUUCAAACAGACCCACAUACCCCACCAAACACUCCACUAUGGGUUUCUUCAUGGUACCCAAACCAAAAACAGAUUUAAUGCGUCGCUCAGUUAUGUAUAGAGCUAAGUCGUCAUGGAAUGCUCUGCCACCAGAGGUUACUCAGGCAAAAAGUUUAGCGUUAAAAAACAGAUUAAAAAAACAUUGUAUCACAGCGCCUCUCCUCUUUCUAAAGAUCUACUUUAACUGUACUGUAUAUAAGAAUAUGAACAUGUGUAUAUGAAUAGUGUGUAAAUAGUAUUUUUGUUGUCUCUUGGUGUCUUUCCUAUAUAUAACUCUUAUUGUUCUUGUCUAUUACUGUUCUGUACUUUGUCAUGUAUUUGUACAUUUUAUGUGGACCCCAGGAAUAGUAGCUGCUGCAUGUGCAGUAGGUAAUGGGGAUCCUAAUAAACUAUACACGACCACAUGCCUAUCCUUGGUAUGGUAUCCUAUACUGUACAUUCCAUGUAGUGUAGCUACUUAUUUUGAACAGAGCCCUAUGUCACCCUGGAGAAUUGUAGUCCAGCACACUGUAUGGGGAAUAGGGGUGUCAUUUAAACUUACUCCAUACUUGUCUUUUCAGGAUGACCCCAGAGUCAGACCACCUGGACCUAGGUGGCAAGGCCCUCCUGGUGACCCCGGGACUUGGUGGUCACGCCCCUCUGGUGACCCCGGAACCAGGUCCCGCCCCGUCGCUGACCCCAGAGCCAGGUUAUGUCGUUCCGUAGAUCCCAGGGCCAGACCACGCCCAGCCAGUGACCAUAUGGCCAGGUGGCCCCUCAUUGACGACCCCACGACCAGACCUCAGGUGGACGACUGCGAGCGGAUGGGGACCCUGUUCGGGCAGCUGAACAAGUGCCUGCGCAGCGCAGGCUUCACCCAGAUGUACUUUGGGGAGAAGAUUGUGGAGCCUGUGAUCAUCAUCAUUUUCUGGGUCCUACUGUGGUUCCUGGGCAUCCAAGCGCUGGGGCUGGUGGGGACUCUGUGCAUUGUCAUCAUCUUCAUCCAGAAGUAACUGGAUCUCCGGCCUGUUUGAUUGGCAGUUGGGAGCUCCGGUGUCUAAAAAUGAAAUAAUUUUUACUUACAGCCUGAGUCC